AUGACCUCCCCUUCUGGUGUCUCUACGCGAAUAUGUAUCACGUUACACUUAUCUAUAAAUACGUGGUAUACACUUACCGGGCUCACGUGGAAGGAGCGCCAUUGUGAUGGCCCUGCGGCGCGUGGAGACUCCUUAAAUCCGUUCAACGGGGGGGGGGGGGUGGACGUACACAUGCUACGCGACUGCUUAGCUCACACACAUCAGUAUUGGGGGAGGAAAAAAAAUGAGGAGGGGGGGGGGGGGGGGGGGGGGGGGGGGGGGGGGGGGGGGGGGGGGGGGGGGGGAAAAAAGGGGGGGGGGUGGGGGGGGGGGGGGGGGGGGGGGGAGGGGGAUCUGAACAAGGUCCAGAAAAACAUAUAA